UAACGAAAGAUGAAUCGGGCGUCCAGUAGCCGGCAGUCGGGGUUGCCUCUCAGGGUGGUUGACGGCAGGAUGAGCAUGGUCAACGCCACGCCGCAAAGCAAAGACUCUGCUUUCGGAAAGCUGAACAUCCCGAAACCACAGUCUGGGACGUCUGACAGGAGAACCAGUUUUUUCGGGAAAAGAGCUAGUGGGGCAGGAAUGUCCCGUAACAGCACUUUUGGAGCUUUUGGGGGUGUGGAAAAGAUGAAGGAUCCUCGACCCCUCCAUGACAAGUCUUUCAUCCAGCAGUGUAUCAAAGACCUCUGUGAGUUCCUGUCGGAGAGGGGAUUCCCCGGAACAAUAACAGUCAAGUCCCUCCAGUCCCCCUCCACCAAAGAGUUCUUGAAGAUCUUUGAGUUCAUCUGCAGCUUAAUUGAUCCCACUUUUCAGAUGCCAACGUCCAAAGUUGAGGAGGAGGUUCCUAGAAUAUUCAGAGAUUGGGGGUAUCCUUUUCCCCUGUCUAAGAGCUCCAUGUACUCUGUCGGGGCUCCUCACACGUGGCCACAGUUCCUUGGGGCAUUAGUCUGGCUCAUCGAUAUGAUAAAGAUGUACUUCCGUAUGCGGGAACAAGACCUUCUCUUCUCUAAUUUCUCAGAAGACUGCUCAGAUAUAGAGAAUGGAGCUGAGUUCAAUAAGCUGUUUCUCGAGUACUCUGCAGAAACCUACCACUAUUUCAUGCAUGGAGCAGACACAUUUGAGGAAGCGGACCAGGCAUACAUUGCUAAGCUGAAGAAACUUUACAAAGUUGACGAGGCCCAGCUGGAGACAUUGGCUGAAAAGUACAGAAUCAUUAGUGAAGAGGUAGAGAGACUGGAGAAAGAAAGUCAGACGGACCGACUGAUGGUUAAACGAACAGAGAAGCUGAGACUGCAGACGGACUUGCAGAAGCUUCAAAACUAUAACGGUGAAAUGGAGUCCUUCAGAGCGGCCCUCGAGAACAAAGCGGCUGGGUUAUCUGAGGAGCUGGAAGCUACAGAGCUGCAGGUGGAAAGCUUGAAACAGGAGCAGGCCAGGCUGCAGCACAUUCUGCUGAACCAGAAGUUUUCCCCAGCUGACGUUGAAAGGAUCAACAGGGAGAGAAACGAGCUCCAGCAGACCAUUGCCAGCCUGAGCACAAACUUGGAGGAGGCUGAGCAGCACAUGUGGAAUGAAGAGAUUGCCUUUGCAAAGGUCAAGGAAGAGGCUGAAGCUGAACUGGUAGAGUACCACAGCCUUGCUCGCAAGCUGAAGCUGAUUCCUGCAUCUGCAGAGAAUGCCUGCGGGAGAGAUUUUGAGAUCAAAGUCACUGCAGCUGACUGCGGCCUUUCAGCUGUGGCCCAAUACAAAGUGCAAAUUCAAAAUCCUCUUAAGAAGAUGAUUUCUGAAGUUGAGGAGGAAACUGGAUUACUCUUAAAUAAAAAAUUAAGCCUCCAGGAAGCAGUGGAACAGAUUAGGUCCAAUGUGGAAGACAAAACCAAUGAGAUUAAAGACCUGAAGGAGCAAAUUCGCAAACUGGAUGAGCAGCUCGAGCUGGGAAUGCAGGAAACAGCCCGUGAGGAGGAGAAAUGGGCUUCGGAGGUAGAAUCGAUGGACAACCACAAGAAGGUGCUGGAGAGAAAGCUGAACGAUGGCUAUGACCAGGCUCUGGAGCAGCUUAAAGCAGCCCAGCAACAGUAUCACCUGGUGCUGCAAGAAACCAAUGAGCAGCGGCGUACUGUGGUGAACAAUCUCUACAGCUUGUUCACCACAGCCACAGACCACCUGUCACGUGUGGAGAAAUUCUUGGAUGACCAGAAUAAAAGGAUGGACAGAGUAAAUAAGAAGAGCCUUCAGGAGGAGGAGGCGGAGCUCAAAGAGCUGAGAGACAUGGUGGAGAGCUAUAUCGCCAAGGCCGAGGAUUUGUGAUGUCAUUCCUUUUAACCACUUGUGGGUGAGGAUAGGUGGUAGUUCACUAGUGGGUUAUCUUUUUCCACCUGUUUUUUUUAUUUAUUUUUUCCUCCCAAAAUUUUGCAGUUCACAAAAAUAAAAAUGUGCUGCAAUUGUGUCUCUAUAUUUGACCUAGAUAAAGAGAACCCUAAUGGUGUCUUUAAGGCACUUUGCUGUACAUGUGCUACUCUUAUGAAUGCUGAGAGAUCUUUAUCCAUAACUAUCUUAUGUACUGAUAAAGCUGAUUCUUCUGACUGCCUGUCAAUCCACAAUAGAGAGGAUGUCUAAAAUAUUUUAAACACCGUACUGUCAUGUAUUAGCAUUGUAGUCAUCGUACCUCACAUCAGGGUUAAGUAUAAAACGCAAACAUCCAUUGCUUUUUCAGGAGUAGAAAAAUAUACAAUCCACAUAUGGUAGAAUAUGUUAAAUGUAAAUAAACACACUAACGGAAAAAAAACACAAAUGUAAAUUUCCUCUCCGAUGAGACUGUAGAUGUUACUAAUUAUACCUGGCAUUGGGGGUGAGGACCUUCUGUUGCAUGUGUUUCGAGAGACUGAUACUCCCUGUAUCUGUUGGGAAAAGGACAAUGGUUGUAUGAAUUGGGUAACACUGACAACUCAUUUAGACAAUGGUAUGGUUAAGUAUUUAUAGAAAUUCUGCUGCCUUUUUAUGUAAAAUGGUUUAUCAUUUUAUGUUCCUGUGUGCUUUCCUUAAAUAGUUAAUUAAGCCCUGAAUCCCUAUAACCCUACCUGGAUAAAAGGCAAAAGAAAGUGGAUCAAUGUAUAUUAAUUCAUCAACAUUAAAAUGCGUUCAAAGCA